CCACCCCUCUCCUUUCCGGACUGAGCAGACGGAGCGCGGAGCCAGGAGCAUACUGGGAGAAGCGAGGCGCGGCUAGAGCCCAGCCAGGAGCAGGACUACUGGAUGCUUUACAAUGUAAACUCUUAGAAUUUAAUUGUUAACUUAGACCAAGCUAUAAAAUACGUUGUUUUAUACUUUUUAUGUCGAAGAACUGAAAAUGGCUUUUGGAAAGAUGGCAUUCAAUGCGCGUUUGGUGCGCACAGUUUUGGCACUGCUACUGUGCGCGCGGGCCGGGCUUGGUUUCUCUGUGGCCGGGCACCAUGAGGGCACCUGUGAGGCCAACGGGAGCAUUUACUACGUGGGGGAAUGGUACUUCCUGGACUCUGACCACUGCACUCAGUGUGAGUGCACGGCCGACGGCUCUGCGUGUGCCCGCACCGAGUGCACGUCUCUCCCGGCCGCCUGCAUCCACGUGAGUCACUACCCCACUGACUGCUGCCCCCGCUGCGAGAGGAUCGGCUGCGAGUACCGAGGGGUGGUCUACGACCUGGGACAGAACUUCCAGCCGUCAGAGUGUGAGCAGUGCACCUGUGACAGUGAUGGCAUUGCCCGCUGUCUGGUGGCCGACUGUGCCCCUCCCCCCUGUGUUAACCCAGUGUACCAGCCCGGGAAGUGCUGUCCCGAGUGCCAAGAGGGACCCAACUGUUACGUGGAUGACUCCCGGACUCAGGUGAUCCCGGCUGGAGACCCGGUCUGGGUGGACCCUUGCACCAAAUGCCGUUGCCAUGACGGCCAGGAUGCUGGGUACUGGGAAGGGAACCGCCUGGCCACCUGCUCCAGGCUCAAGAAUUGCAGCCCGGAACAGCCCUCUGUCCAACAGAACUGAGACAGAAAUCACUGUUAGCACGGACUGUAUGAAUAAUGUUUUUAAACAUGAUGGAUGCAAGUGAAUGGAGCUGCAGGUAUGAGCAGGUAUGUUGAAAAGAGGCCAAGAUAACACUAAGUAAAUAAAUAGUUAUUUUAUUUGACAUGUUGCUAAAUAGAUGUUAAGCUAAUAAAAGUGGGGUAACAGGUAAUUUGGUACCUUGCCUGACAAAGAAAUACAUACAUAAUUUAGACACAGAUAUUACCGACCAUUUAAUACCACAAUGUUUUAUAGCAAAUUCCUUUUUGGGCAGAACAUUAUACCUCUCAUACGUCAUGUAAAAAGUACAGGAUUAAUGGCUAGUCCUCAUCAUAGUACCCUUCCAUUUUUCUUCAGGAGUUUUGUGUAGACUAUGUAUGUGUGCAUAUUCUGCUUGUAAAUCACAACAAAGGGGCUUUGAUAGAACCUUGUAACCUGUAUUAGUGAUGGGUGGAUCAAUGCUAAAAUAUAUAUCGAUACUGAAUCUCAUCUGCAAAUAUAAAUUCUUA